AUGGUUGGAACUGCCCGCCCCAACCUGCAUUACUGCCCUCGCAGACACAGCCUGAUGAUCACCGGUGCCAUGGGAGCGGUGCGAGUCAACAGAUACAGCAUCGUUUCCACAGAUGAAGAUACCCUGAAGAUCUCCAUGUUGGGCCUUCACAACGGCCACAGUCCUCUGACUCAGCAGACCCUGUCGGGGGCCUGCAUGCAAGGUGAGGAAGGAGGAGAGUGUCCGGGAAGUGAAGAAAGAAGAGGGGCUUUGUCUCUCAGGGUAACAAAUGAGCCAAUUGUCCACAACAGCUGCCGUGCACCACCUUCACGUCAUCUGGGUUUUGAUCUGGGCACCGGCCGCCUGCGCAGCCGCUUUGUGAAGAAGAACGGACAGUGCAAUGUGGUGUUCAACAACAUGGAGGACAAGCCACGGCGAUACCUGGCUGACAUUUUCACCACCUGUGUGGACAUACGCUGGCGCUACCUGUUACUCAUCUUCACCACCACCUUCCUUCUGUCCUGGCUGCUGUUUGGCCUGGUCUUCUGGGGAGUGGCGUUCGCACAUGGAGACUUUGACUUUCUCCUCCCUGUUAAGGACGGGGAUCCUCGGAGUGGUUUAGAGGGAGGAAAAGACGAAUGGCGGCCAUGUAUUCUCCACAUCCAGGGCUUCAUUGGGGCGUUUCUCUUCUCCAUAGAAACCCAGACCACCAUUGGAUAUGGUUUCCGGUGUGUCACUGAGGAGUGCCCAGUCGCUGUGGUGACUGUGGUGGUGCAGUCCAUCGUGGGAUGCAUUAUUGACUCCUUCAUGAUCGGCACCAUCAUGGCAAAGAUGGUGCGGCCCAAGAAGCGGGCUCAGACCUUGCUGUUCUCGCAUAAUGCUGUCAUCGCUCUGCGGGAUGGUAAGCUGUGCCUCAUGUGGCGUCUGGGAAACAUGCGCAAGAGUCACAUAGUUGAGGCGCAUGUUCGUGCUCAGCUCAUUAAGCCAAAAGUGACGGCAGAGGGUGAGUACCUCCCUCUGGAGCAAACAGACAUUGACGUUGGCUAUGAUGACGGGUUGGAUCGGCUGUUUCUAGUGUCUCCUUUGGUGGUGGUCCACGAGAUCAACAAGAACAGCCCUCUGUAUGACAUGAGCUGUAGUGACCUGCACAAAGAGGACUUUGAGAUCGUGGUCAUCCUGGAAGGAAUGGUCGAGGCCACAGCGAUGACCACUCAGGCCCGCACCUCCUACUUAGCCAAAGAGAUUCUAUGGGGCCACCGCUUUGAGCCUGUGGUCUUUGAAAAGGGUGACCGCUACCACGUGGACUAUUCCCGCUUCCAUAAGACCUAUGAAGUGCCAUCUACGCCUCACUGUAGUGCCAGGGAACUGAGCCAGAUGAAGGUCCGUGGUGGGCAGUCCUCUUCCUCCAGCUCGAGUUACUCCAGGACUCCCUCACCGCUUGCCCCAAGGCCGUCCCGCCACCUCCUGGGCCCUCACUCCCCCAGUGCUUUUUGCUACGAGAACGAGGUAGCUUUGUGUUGUGGUGACGAUGAGGAUGAGGAGAACACAAAGAAGGAGGCGGGAAGCCUGAACAUAAGAAGUGACAGAGAAGUAAAGAUGAGAGAUGAGAUUCACUCGGGUUUCAAGGAGACAUUUGUGGAGGAGCAGACAGCGGAGAUGCUGUGUGUUCUGGACACAGAGAAUCAAAUCAGCCUUGACAGACUACAGCCCACCCUACCUUUAUACAUCAGCAGAGAGUCAGGAGUUUAA